AUGAAAAAUGGCAUUCACACGGCUUUAUCGGUCAAAGAGGGACUCUCGUCUCCCAUCGAUCAUGACCACCAAUUUCCCGUUUAUUACGCCUAUGACUACCUCAACGGCGGAGUUGCUUACCUCAGACUACCCGUCCUGCGCCUGAAUGACUACCUAUUAUCUGGACAGUUGUUGCGCAUGGGCAGAGACCUCUCAGACGAUGUUGAAAGUCAACCCACAGAGCGCAGCUCGAACGCAAUCGACAUAUCGCCUAGCAAGGCAGGACUCCCUUGGGCAACAGGAAUCCUGUCCUGUCGCCAAAAUAAGUACUGGCAGUUGACACUUGACACGACACGAGUUUUUUUGGCAUUAUUUGCGGCCGAUGAAACCGCCCAGAAGCUGUUCAAGUCCGGCCACUCGAUUGCGGAGAUCUCGCGCCAGGAGUUGCGUUCUAACAUGGAAGAGGGUUGGGUUAAAUUUCCAACCUAUCUUUUCACAGAGGGUGAUCCGCAGCGGACUCGUCUGUUGGCUAUUGUGAAUGUCUUUAUCUUUGUCUUUGAUGAUUUUUGGGAGAUGCAUGAGACCAGCUCGUUUACUUCCGUGCAGGAAGAGUUCGUGUCCCGCAUGAAGCCCGACUUCAACGGCGACGAUAAACCCAGAACCAUUCUUCAGUCGAUGAUUGACCAAGCAAUCCAAGAGAUAAUGGAGCUGGACCGUGAGUGCGGGAAUAAUGCUGGUCAAGACAUGAUUGACCUGAUGAUCCGCUUUUUUACUCGACCUCCACCACCAGCAAAAUACAAUGAUAUGGAGGAAUUUCUACUAUACCGACAUGAAGAUGCUGCGGUUCCCUAUGUCUUGGGUUGUACGAGAUUUGCCCUCAACUCCUCCGUCGACCUGGAAAGCCCCCGCUUGUCCCGGGCGUACGAUUCUGGAAAAGUCCUUUAUCUCAUCAAUGCGGUUGAUGUCGUAAAGAAUCUUUUCCAUCUUCCAUCGGAUCGGGCAGCUGUAGCUAUUACAGAAGCUCUUCAGUUACAGAUCGAGGUUGAUAUUGACGCGGAGAUUCAGCGAAUGGUCGACAUGGAUGAGUUAACUGCGGAGGAAUGGCGCUUCAUUGAUGCUACUCUUCAUGUUAUGAGUGGUAAUGUCUUUGUGUCGACUGUCAUGUCUCGUUAUGGCGGAGAGGCAUUCAAAUUAGUGUAA